AUGACGACCAAUAGAGGGAUUGUGGUCAUAUCAGGAGGAAGCGCGGCCAACAAUCUUGUCGAUGUAUUCAACGCCGUCCGUGAAAGCAAGAAUUGUCCACUUAGCUACAUCAUUCCAAUCAGUGAUAAUGGAGGAUCCUCUUCCGAGUUAAUUCGAAUAUUCGGUGGCCCUGGGAUCGGUGAUGUUCGGAGUCGAUUGGUACGCCUGAUUCCGGAUUCGCCAGCAAAUUCUGAGAGGUCAGCAGUUAAGGCAUUGUUUAACCAUCGGCUACCCGCGGAAGCAGGCACUGCAACCAAUGAAUGGCAGUCCAUCGUUGACGGCACUUCGGGACUAUGGACAGCCAUCCCCCCUGCAAAGAAAGAGUUGAUACGCUCCUUCUUCAAUGUAUUAAACUUGGAAAUCCUGAAACGAGCCCGACCGCCAUUAUCGACCUUUGAAUUUACCUCCGCAAGUGUGGGAAAUCUUUUUUUGACUGCCGCCCGGCUGUUCAGUGGAAGUUUCGAAAGUGCCAUCUAUCUACUCGGGAGUAUCUGCGGCGUCCCGUCAGAUCUGGUGCGCGUAAUCCCAGCCAUCAACUCCAAUUUCUCCCACCAUAUCUCUGCAUCGCUUGCGGACGGAACUGUCAUUGUCGGUCAGAACAGCAUCUCGCACCCAAGCGAGGCGACGGCCCUCGAGCACAACUCCCGCUCUAGGAGGCCGAGUCUGCUUCUUGCCGACGGAGACGAUGUUGAUUACAGCGAUUCUGAAAUGUCGGACCCGACGACAUAUGAAGAGGAUCAUCUGCCGGGCUCUCUGGCAACUCUCCGCAACAAGAAUAUCAAAUUCAGUAAAACCGAGAAUGAAGAUUUGACUUCCAGAAUUACUCGCAUCUGGUACAUCAACCCCUACGGUCAGGAGAUCCGACCACCCGCGAAUCCACGCGUGCUGGAAGCCAUAAACGAUUCCCAGGCAAUUAUCUACAGUAUCGGAUCUCUCUACACAUCAAUUAUCCCUGCCAUCAUCCUACGAGGCGUAGGCAAAAGCAUCGUCUCCAGUCCAGCUCGACACAAGAUCCUCAUUUUGAACGGAUCGUUGGAUCGAGAAACGGGGCCUCCAUCUGCACCAUUUGCCGCAUCUGAUUUCGUGGAAGCGAUUGUGAGCGCUGGAGAAGAAAGUCGUGGACGGGGCCCAAUUGUUCAUGCUCAACAUCGAAGUCAGAGUCAGCACCCCGCGACCACUUCAAGGCAAGACAAUGUUCGAAAUUACAGAGCCCUUCCUUAUACCAACUAUGUGACUCAUGUCUUGCAUCUGGAUGGUCCGGGGACACCGCAUGUGGACCGUGAGCGGCUCGCGCAUAUGGGGAUUGAAACGCUUCGUCUUUACGGACGAAAAAUUAUGUCGAAGGAUGGUGAUAAGGAGACCGUUGUGGGGAUGCAAUAUGAUCCUAAUGCUCUGGUGCAGGCUAUUGAGGUUGUUUUGGGGAAGAAGGGGGAUGCAAUGGUUCGAGGGGGUCUGGGAAAUGCGCUGGGUCGACGGAAUACACUCGAUCAUGCAAGAAGGGAACGGUAG